UUUCACAGGCACACCUUUCUUGGCACUGGUACAUGCACAAGUAGGCCUCGCCCUCAAAACCCCUUCCCUUUGUCGACGCGCAUCGCUUGCACCACUCCUCUGUGGUAUUAUUGAAGCCCCUGGAGCCAACAGUAGCCAGCGUCGCAAGUAUGCCGUACGGGGUGAUCGUGACACAGAGCAUCCUGUGCAGCAGUGCCCCUCGGGAAGCCGACCACGAGUUGCAGCACGCCAGCAACAGCAUCGACCGCGCCGACAUUCCUCGACGAAAAGGAAACAAGCCCAGCCACACCGGCAGCAGCAGCAGAAGCCACGAAAACGAACGGGCGGCCUCAGGCAAAACCUUCGCGGGAGUCCUGCGAGCCCUCUUGAAACCGUCGUCGUCGCCCGCCGAUGCGUCCGCCGGGAGCGGCGACGAGGGCGACGGGGAAGCACCACCAGUAGGCCGGAGUGGCGUUGCCGGAGGCUGGCAGCCGAGGACCGCGUUGGACCUGAGCGGGCACUCGUUUUCGAAGGCGUUGAAGGCGGAGAUCAACCGGUCCAAGGAGAAGAAGAUGGCCCUCAAAAAGAGCAAAACCAGGAGCAUGAACAACCUGGGCAGCAGCAGCAGCAGCAACCUCGCCGUUAAGGACUCCUGGUGGGAGAAGCAAGAGUCAGAAGAGUCCUGGUUCUCUCGCGUGUCGUCGACUUCAACCAUCCCCGCCUCCCCCCCAGAGCUGCACCAGCAGCACCAGCAGCAGCGGAAGCCGGGUCCAGGCUGCCACGCGCGGUCUUUCGGAGACUUGGACGAGAUGUCGCUGGCUGUGGGACUUCAGUGACGGAUGGUCUUAGAAUGAUGAUUUCGGCAGCGCUUACCUUGUGCGCAUGUUGAUGUUAUCAGCUCAUGUUUGUGCACUUUGGUUUCUACAUGGAUAGCGUUGCUGGAUUUUUGGAUAUAGCACACACCUGACAAUACGCUUGGUAAUUUUCGUGGCGGGGCGGGGGGGUUGUAGUAAUUCGAGGACAAUGGCAGUCAAGAGACGUUAUCCCCCACUUUUUUUUUCAUGUAACAAGCCCGUCUUAACUUGUGAAUUGCUGCAUUGAUUUGGCCAACACGGUAUUGGCUUGGUACGGCAACAGGCCCAAGUAUCACGAGCACUUGGCCACAACUCCGUGCUGGUGGAUAUGUCUCCGUACAUGCACAUAGCAAGCGCGUGAGAAGAGUGAAUACACGGCAGUGAUCACCAACAGUCUCGCAAGUUUGGCAGGCUGGCUGCCUGGUUGUCGCUUUUACCAUAUUGUAUGCAUAAGAUGCGCCUCAAGGUGCUUGGUUUUCACGUGAAAGCCACAGCAGUGCAUUGGAACGAGAAUAUUGUUCACGGAACGGAUGUGUAGCCACCCCCUGUCCAUGAGAUUUGUUCACCCCCGGGAGGAGUUAGAGGAGAUUUUUGGCGUUUCAUCUGAGCGUGAGGUAGAGCAGACACGCUUGGUAUUUUUCUUGAGAGGUACCGACUGACUAUGGAAAGUUUUGGCUCUUUCAGCCGCAGCACCCACUCUGUUUCUUGUUUGUUUCGUUUGUGUUUGAGGGCAGCACUUGUUGCAGCGGUGCUUUUCACUUUCAAGUCCGUAUCAUGUGUACGCGAAGAUCAAAUGAUGGUUUAUGGAGGAAGAGCGUGUCCGUGUUGAUGGUUUUUGUGCACAUGGAUGCCAGGGGUGAAGAUUUGAUAGGGUGCGUAGUGUGAUUGAUGGAGAUCAACGCGGCGGCUUGUGCAGGAGGUGGUUGGUGAUGCCUUGUGCUGACGAGAGGAGGAAUUAUGUGGCGCAGCGUUUCGAACCCGCAACCUAAUACAUUAUUGUUGCGUGUGUUGCGUAUGAAACGGACGACUGCAUGAGGGGGAUGAGACUCGUUUGCUCGCCAGUUGUCCGCAUACGCGGUUGAGCUGAUGGACGAAAUCUUCGAUAUGUGCGAUAAGGGGCUGGGAUCAGUGAGGGUUUUGGGCCGGACACGCUUUCACAUUUUUCUCGUGUGGAGCAGGGCUCCCGUCGGGAGGCGAGACUGCGUUGCAUGUCUGUACAAAGGGGUGGAUUAACGGGUUUUAGAAGCCUCAGCGAAAGUGAUACACACCCUCUCUAGCAGCACGGUUGCUGCAUGUAAUACUCGCUCGACGGAUGUAAACGUGAGGUCAAUAAUGAGGCAUGGGAUGCGUCGGGUUGGGAAUGAACAUGGGAGAUGGAGUGAAUCGGCGCGCUCCGAACGUGUUGAGCUGCCCUCUGCUGCUUAGGUAGUAUUGAGAUUUUUUUAAUCAGAAUGAUGUGUCGAAACAAUCUUGUUGCUUGUGGAUGCAACGUGGCGGUGGUGACAAUGGCUGUGUGUCAUCACGCCGCCCAUACGCAUCCCGAAAUCUUGUUGCGCGUUGGUGUCGUAGACCACGGGUUUGGAAGGCAUGAUGUUCCCCGCCACGGCGGUUGUGAGACCCCGGUGUUGCAAACGAGUAGUACCCCUUACAUCUCAGAUCCCCCCAAGAAAACAAAUCAAACUCACUGCAAAGAGAGGCGUUCA